AUGAUGGAGUGGAAAAAAAUAUCCGGCCUCUUGUGUAUAUUUGGUUUUGUGCGAGAGCUUAGACCUUCGGAGCCAUAUAUUACAGAAUUUUUGGCUGGACCAUGGCGUAAUGUUACCGAGGAUGAGUUAAAUCGUCAAGUAUAUCCUGUCGGCACAUAUUCGUACUUAGCACAAUUAAUUGUGGUGUUCCUUAUAACCGAUUUUUUACUAUACAAACCCUUAAUUAUCACAAUCGGUGUUACCGGCAUAAUAGUAUGGAGUAUGCUAUUAUGGACAACCUCACUGGAGGCUCUUAUGACCUUAGAAUUCUUUUAUGGUACUUAUAUGGCUGCCGAGGUGGCCUAUUAUACAUAUAUUUAUGCAAAAGUAGAUAAGAAAUAUUAUCCACGAGUGACAUCCCAUACCAGAGCGGCAAUAUUUGCCGGUAAACUGGUGGCCAGUAUCUUGGCCCAAGUUCUGUUAUAUUUUGAACUAAUGGACUAUCGAGAUCUCAAUUAUAUUACUUUGGGAGCACAAAUUGUAGCAACAUUAUGGGCUUUUACCCUACCCAAAGUCGACCAGAGUUUAUAUUUUCAUCGUAAAAUCAAUAACAAUGAAGUACCUGCUUUGAAAUCUUCCGAUUCGCUGGAAAGGAAUUCCUUUGAUGAUGCAAAAUCCCAAACGAGCGAUACCACCAAUGAUAAAUUUCAAUUUAAUUCUGCAACAAACAUUGUCACAAAAACACCGAUUGGUGUCAAACUGUUGUGGAAACAUUUUUCUAGUGCUUAUACCAAUUUAAAGGUGGUACAAUGGUCUAUAUGGUAUGCUGUGGGUCUAUGUGGUUAUUUACAAGUGACCUCAUAUGUCCAGCUAAUGUGGAAGGAUAUUGAACCAAACCCAGAUAUUGCCUGGAAUGGUGCUGUUGAUGCAAUUUUUACCGCCUUGGCUGCGCUAUUUGCCCUCUUUGCUGGUUAUAUACACGCUGGCCGUUUACAAUCACACACAAGUCUGCUCGUUUUGGCCGGCCUAUCGGCACUGGAAGGUGGUACAAUUCUUAUGAUUUGUUGGUCACAAAAUAUCUAUGUAUCAUACGCGGGUUAUAUUCUAUUUGGUGGCAUAUAUGGUUUCAUUAUAACUGUGGCGGGUGCCGAAGUUGCCCGCUAUCUGGAAGAAGAUAGUUUUGGUUUAGUAUUCGGCAUCAAUACAAUGUUGGCAUUAAUAUUCCAAACCAUAUUGACACUGGUCGUUAUAUCGGACAGCGGAUUUUCACUUAGUACAAAAGGACAAUUUACAGUAUAUGCGUUUUAUUUUAUAGCUGUUGGUAUAGUUUAUUUUAUAGCUGUUAUUAGUGAAUAUUUAUAUAAGAAAUUUAGACGAAAUGUUGAUUAG